AUAAAUAUGUCUGUGGUGGUGUUGUGAUUUGAGAGUCUGUAUUGUUUUAUAACCUAAAAUUAUUAUUAUCUGAGGAGGCCGAUAACCGCUAAAAGUUUAACUGAAACCGUUGCAAAAAGAAAUAAGGAAUUAGUUUCACGUAAAUAAGUCUAUGUAUCAAGAAAUUUGUUUAAAAAUAGCAAGAGUCCAUCCGUAAUUCGUCACAACGAUGGAGUUCCUGGAGGCUAUGCCAGUUACCUUCAAAGAAAUUACACCAAAUUAUAAUUUACCCGAUAAGUGGAAGGAAGUUAUUCUAAACACUGGUGGUACACAUAGCACUUUACAAGACAUCAAACUGCCACAAAAAGCCGGUGGAUAUUGGUACAAAGAUUCCAAGAAGGUUUAUACUCGAAAUCGAUUCAUAUAUUGGCAAACAACAUCUGAUGCAAUAGAGUUGUCUGAAGCUUCCCUGGAUAUCAAUCUGUCAUCCUGUAACUUGAGAUGUAAAGUAGCUGCAGGCACUCCUCCCCUGAGCAGUAUAACUGUGUAUGAGAGAAGUGCAUCCCGUGACGUGGUUAUCCUGGCUGCAACUGUCUCAUCCGUACACAGAUUAAUAUUCCCACAUCCAGCAACAUUAGAUAAAAAGUCUACAUUUGGGUCAUUGAGCAGUUCUUCACCUUCUAUAUUCCAUGACAUAAGUUCCAUAAACAAUCCCAGCAACUACUGCAUUCUUAAUCAAUAUUCCAAUGCAACCACAGGUGUUGCUCACACUUGUGCAUCCCUGUUGCGGGAUAAUGGAGAAGCAGUAUUUGCUCUGGCAUUCGGCCACGGAGGAGAAGGUGGCCUGCUGUUGGUCAAACUGCCCGUAACUGGAUCAGCUGUCACUACACUAUUGAAACGAGAGUCGACUGUACCAAGAUUUUUGUCAGGCAUCACAGGAGCUUUGAGGGGCAAGAGUAGCACAGAUGGUGUUGAAACAUAUGGUGUGGUGUUGACAAGUGGCUUAGCAGUGGCAAUAUGCGGCGACACGUGCCUCCGAGCGUGGCCUCUAGACGAGGGCGGCGCGCCUAUUGCCGUGUCCGCCCCGCUGUCACAGACUUUAGUCAGACCUAAACCACCACCUCAUGGUCACAUGCUACAAAGAACUAUUGGAUCAGAUGGAAGUGUGUUACUGGUAGCAUAUUUGUCAUUCCCUAAUGAAUGCGAAUUUGUGGUCAUGAAAAUGCACGACGGAGGUUCGGGAGGCGUAAGGUUUUCUCACAUCAGCCGUAUCUUUGGACCCCAGUUGGACCUCCUUGAUUAUGCAAUUGGUUAUGGAGAUGGAAGUAAUGUGAUUUGGGCUUUAUGGAGUCAACCAGAUGGUGAUACAAUUAUUACAAGCGUAUGCGUGGGCGCGGAGGCGUACUGGCGCGCCGUGGCGACGCGCGAGGCGGCCGCCGCGCUGCCCGCGCUCGGCACUCACCAGCACUACCGCGACCGACUCAUGGCGCCCGGCCUCUUCCCGCCCGCCGUCAUCAGGAAGGCUCUAGUGAUCUACAAUCGCACAUGGGGCAGUAACGAGCCGGUGGUCGAGGGCGAGCUUGGAGAGGCGGCGGCUGGCGCCGUGCAGGCGCGGCUACGACACCUCACCGCGCGGACAUCGGCGCCCGACCAUGCGCAUCUCAUGCACAAAUGUUGGUCAGAGUUGUACAGCUGGUGUAUGCAGUAUAUGGAGAGUUUGCAGAAGCCACUCGGACUCAUGGUGUCUAAACAAGAAUCUGAUGUUGAAUGCGGUUGGUGGGGCGCGGUCGUGCGGCGAGCCGGAAUAUCCCUCAUUUGUGAACUGGAGCCACUCGAGAGAAUGAUGCUGUCGCCAGAUGUUUCGCUCUUAGAUGGAAAUGGUUGCGUGGGCGAGCUGUCCGGUGACGCGGUGCGCGUGGUGGUGGCGGGCGCGCGCUGGGAGCGCGGCGCGGGCGGCGCGGCGGCCGAGCUGGAGCAGCGCCUGUUCGCCGCCGCCGCGCCGCAGCACCGCCUGCUGCCGCGCCUGCUGCACCUGCUGGCCGCGCCGCAGGACCAGGACACGCCCGCACCCGCUUUAACACCGCAGCAGAUCGAUGACCUCACCUCCAUUCUAGAACCGAUCAAGGAUCUUCAAAGCGCCGUACUCGAGUUAAACGACGCACUGAGAUUGGACGUGCCAGAAAUAGAUGCCACUAAAAGUGAAGAGGAAGAUACCGGCGAAUAUGACGGCUUGUUGGCAAGUGAUCUGGGUGUGGCUAUUGUCACUGAGGCAAUUCGACAGAUGGCAGAGAUGAGAUGUCGCGUGGUGCGCGGCGCGGUGUGCGCGCUGGGCGCGUGGCGCGGCGCGGGCGGCGUGCCGGGCGCGGGCCACUGCGCCGUGCACUGGCAGGCCUACCGCGCGCUGCUGUGGCUGCGCGCCGCCACGCUCGCGCCGCAGGCGGCGGGUCCUUCAGAAGCAUUCCGGCUAAAGCUGAGCGCUUUAGGCGCGGAGGCCGGAGCCGAGGGCGGCGGCGCGGGGUGGGCGGGGGGUGCAGUGUGUGCGUAUGUCCGCGCGGCGGGCGGCAGGCGCGCGAGAGACCACCUGGCCAAAGCACGUGCUCCCACCACCUGGCAUCAAGCGCUGCCGCUGCUCGCGUACCAUCUCGCGCAUCAACUAUGGGCAGUUAGUGGCGGUUUCGAGUUCAGUUGGUGGCUAGCCACUAUUGAUCAGCCUCGUCUAGUACAGAAGUACGUCACAAUGCUUGAGCCGUGGUGCGAAUGGAACGCUUGCUCACGCCAAUUUAUUCUCGGUCUAGCACUGUUAGACCUAGACGACGCUGAGAACGCAUACACUGCGUUCUGUAAAGCGGCUAAAGGUGUGAGCACAGAACCUUUCUUGCGUCAAUUAGUGGCCGCGCCCGACGCCCGGCUCACGCAGCACCAAGCUCUUGUACUCUAUUAUAUGAAGGUGAUAAAACUGUUUGAGAUACACGAUGCGGGCGCAUGCGUUGUUCGACUAGCAGAAACAGCCAUCAGCAUUGCCGAUAAGGACGAUCCUAACCUGGCGAUGUUCCAGUGGGUGGUGUUCAAGUGGCACCUGGCGGGCGGACGCACGGCGCGGGCGCUGAGCGCGGCGGCCGCCAGCCCCGCGCCCCACGCCCGCCACGCCGCCGCCGCCACGCUGCUCACCACGCUCGCAUCUCGUCGCGAGCUAGGCGCACUAGUAUCAUGCGCGGCGCUGGCGGGCGACGCGGAGCGCGCGGCGGCGGCUCGCGCCAAGCUGCACGACGCUCACGCACACAACCCCUACUACGACUUCCUGUAUGCGCUGCACGUGUCCCGACACCAUUAUAGGAAAGCGGCUGCGGUGAUGUACGAGCGCGCGGCUCGCUGCGGCGCGGAGCGGUCGGAGGGCGCGGCGGCGGUGCGGCGGCGCUGCCUGGGCGCCGCGCUCACGUGCCUGCGCCUCGCGCAGCCCGACCACGCCUUCCUCGCCAGGCCUGCCGCUGCGGGGAAGCAUCUCCAGGUCAUAGGCCCAGAGGAAUUAGCUGCAGAGCUUCGCGAGGAAGAUCCUGAUUCUUUGGACCCCAUACAACAAGCAUUACUCAGAGGAGAUAAUAUCGAUUUUGAUGCGUUAUAUCCAAAAUUGAAAGACGCAAAUCCAGAGACACUACUAGCAGUAUUAAAGAGAACAAUCAGUACUGGACAGUUCCUCCCUCACUGGUUUCUGCAAACAUAUAUGGAGGCGGACGCCGCCGGCUGCGUCCGCGCUCUACUGAGUGGAGGUCGCGCGGCCGAGGCGGGCGUGCAGUGCUGCGCCGCACUGCGCCGCGCGCUGCACGUGCUGCUGCCGCACUGCCCCGCAGCACCCCGUGCAGCGCCCCUCGCACUCGCAGACCUCCUGCUCGCCGAGCUUGCACACCAUACCGCAGAUCCUUACGUACAACAGGUUUACAAUGAUCUUGAUGGGUUAGUGAAGGAGUACACUAAAGUAGUUAUACGGGUUUCUGAAGAUAUGAAGCUAGCUCGAUUGGAACACGCAGUGAACUAGGAUAAUUGUUAUUUAAAUAAGAAAUGCUUUUUUAUAACCAACUCGUUUUAUUAAAUAAAUAAAUAAUUAUAAAA